UGCUCCUAUAUAUACUUGCCAUCACAUGCCUUGCUUCUCUCAUCACAGCAGCUUUCACAAGCUCCUCAUUACUAGAGCUCAUCAAAGCAUCUUUCACAAGCUCCUCGAUACCAGAGCUUGCUCAAAUGGGUCUUUUUGGGGUCAUAUUUGCGUUAUUUUUGGGAACGGGAGUGGCACACGGGCAACAGGUGCCAUGUUAUUUCGUAUUUGGUGACUCUCUUGUUGAUAAUGGCAACAACAACAACAUUGCAUCUCUAGCAAGGGCAAACUAUCCACCCUAUGGGAUUGACUUCCCCCAAGGACCAACUGGGAGGUUUAGCAACGGGUUAACCACAACCGAUGUCACAGCUCAACUUCUUGGAUUCAAUCAGCUUAUUCUUCCCUAUGCUACCGCAAGUGGUCGGCAGAUUCUCAGGGGCGUAAAUUAUGCAUCUGCCGCUGCCGGGAUACGCGAAGAAACCGGCCAACAAUUGGGUGCUCGUAUACCCUUUGGUGGGCAGAUUGAAAAUUACAGGAACACCGUUAAUCAGGUGAUAGCUUUGUUAGGGGACGAAGACUCAGCUGCUGAUUAUCUUAGCAAAUGCAUAUACUCAGUGGGGAUGGGGAACAACGACUAUCUUAACAACUACUUCAUGCCCGCCUUAUAUUCAACCAGUCGCCAAUACACACCCCAAGCUUAUGCUGAUGUCCUCAUCCAACAAUACACACGCCAACUUACGCAAUUGUACAACUUGGGUGCAAGGAAGGUGGCUUUAAUUGGAGUGGGUCAGAUAGGUUGCAGCCCAAACGCUCUGGCUCAAAAUAGUCCAAAUGGUGCCACUUGCGUACAACGAUUAAACCAACCCAUUCAAAUAUUCAACUCAAGGCUACGCUCACUUGUGGAUUACUUCAACAAUAAUUUCCAAGGGGCAGCCUUCAUUUAUGUCAAUGCUUACGGAAUUUUCGACGACCUCAUUAGUCGCCCCCGUGCUUAUGGUUUUACUGUGACAAACGUGGGGUGUUGUGGAGUGGGAAGGAAUAAUGGGCAGAUAACAUGCCUCCCUUAUCAAACUCCAUGUCAAAACAGGAGACAAUAUGUCUUUUGGGAUGCCUUCCAUCCCACAGAGGCUGCAAAUAUUGUAAUAGCAAGGAGAUCCUACGCUGCACAAUCCUCGUCCGAUGCUUACCCGAUUGAUAUUCGACGGCUGGCACAGCUCUAAGAGCAAACUGUUUCAUUACUAAAUUUGUACUAAUAUAUGCAUCAAAUAUUUAUAUACUAGUCGAUCUGUACCCUUUAGUAUUUAUUGAUAAAUGCUCAAGUGAGAUUUUUGAUUCAUGCUUAAAGCUGCCCAGCAUGGGCAAGGAAGCUCCUAGAGAUUUGGUCAAUAUAAAGGUUUGUUGGGUCAUGAGUUUCUUUUUUGACAUUUUGGGAUGAAAAGAUGUAUGGCUUGGAAAUUGUACCAGUAAUUUGUUCAGUUAAAAUAAAUUUUGGUUGGA